AUGUUGUCUCAAGGAAAGAUUGGAGUUGCUUUGGCAAUUCUGUCUAUGUGUGGAUUGGGUCAUACGGAAGAGAAUAUCACUUCGGAUACUCACUUUUAUGGCCAGUCUGAGCCCGUCUAUCCUUCUCGGCAAGGGGACCGGGACUGGGCUGAUGCAUACGCAAAGGCGGCAGAGCUAGUAGCUCAACUAACACUGGAAGAGAAGAAUAAUCUUACCUAUGGAAUCGCAACAACCGAAAAUGGUUGCUCUGGAAAUAUUCCAGCUAUCCCCCGAGUGGGAUUUACUGGAAUGUGUCUUCAAGACGCUGGUCAGGGAGUUCGUUUUACCGAUUUUGUUAACAGCUACCCCAGUGGUAUCCAUGUCGGAGCGAGCUGGAAUAAGACUCUCGCGCACGAUCGUGCCUGGCAUAUGGGUGGAGAGUUUAGGAAGAAAGGUGUUCAGGUCGCUUUAGGACCUGUCGUAGGUCCCCUGGGGCGAGUGGUAACGGGUGGUCGAAACUGGGAAGGUCCUUCUAAUGACCCUUACUUGGGGGGCGUGAUGGGCGCAGAAUCUGUCCGAGGUCUUCAAGACCAAGGAGUGAUCUCAAGUGUGAAGCAUUUCAUUGCAAAUGAGCAAGAGCUUUACCGAAACCCUACCCUUGACGCCGAGAACCGGACUGUACAAUCGAUUUCGAGCAACAUUGAUGACAAAACAAUGCACGAGCUAUACCUUUGGCCAUUCCAAGACGCACUCAAAGCAGGAGCAGCAAAUAUUAUGUGCUCAUACAACCGCAUCAACAACUCUUAUGCCAGUCAGAACAGUAAGACAUUGAAUGGUAUUCUCAAGACUGAGCUUGGGUUUGAAGGAUUUGUUGUUACCGACUGGGAUGCACAGCACGCUGGCGUUGCGGCAGCUAAUGCUGGGCUUGAUAUGGCUAUGCCGGAUGGCCAAACAUUUUGGGGCAACAACUUCACUGAAGCCUUUAAGAAUGGAAGCGUUUCGGAAGCUCGUUUGAAUGAUAUGGCAACCAGAAUCAUCGCAUCUUGGUACAAACUUGGCCAGGAUGAGUCGAGCUACCCCAAGCCUGGAGUUGGAAUGCCAUACAACCUCAGCGAGCCUCAUGAUAUCGUCAACGCAUUGACUGCAGAUGCCAGACCUGUUCUCUUUGAAGGUGCGGUGGAAGGUCAUGUUCUUGUCAAGAAUGUGAACAAGUCACUGCCUUUACGGUCACCAAAAUUGUUAUCUGUGUUCGGAUACGAUGCCAAAGCCCCUGAUGCUUACAUGCCAAACGGGCAGAGCAUCCUCACCAACGCUUGGGCAAUUGGCUUCGAACCAGCAAUCUCCCAUUUCUCGGAGCUUUCUUUUGCUGCGACGGUCAUUAAUGCCCCGUACUAUAGCCAAGUUGCCUUCAAUGGCACCUUGAGUGUUGGCGGCGGUUCAGGUGCAAGCGCUGGUCCUUAUCUGAGCGCACCUCUUGAUGCGCUGCAGCAACGAGCCUACGAAGAUGGAACGGCGUCCGAUGCGUGUCUUGUUUUCAUCAAUGCGUUCGCUACAGAGGGUUCCGACCGUGCUGGAGCAUACGAUGACUAUUCAGAUGGACUUAUUAACCAAGUUGCAACCACAUGUGCCAACACGAUCGUUGUUAUCCACAACGCUGGUACUCGUCUGGUGGAUCAAUUCGCGGAUCAUCCUAAUGUCACUGCUAUCAUUUUCGCACACCUUCCCGGCCAAGAUUCCGGCCGAGCUCUUGUUUCUCUGCUAUAUGGCGAUGAGAAUUUCAGUGGCAAGCUUCCUUACAGUGUGGCCAAGAAUGAAUCCGACUAUGAGAAUUUCUUCCAUGUCGGGGCGACUACUCCAUAUGGUCUUUUCCCACAAGAUGACUUUGAGGAAGGCGUUCUGACUGACUAUCGUUACUUCGAUGCGAAGAAUAUCACUCUUCGAUAUGAGUUUGGUUUCGGUCUCUCCUAUACUUCCUUUGAGUUCUCGGGUCUUGAAAUUUCCUCUGUCGAGGAUGGCAUUGCCGCGUAUCCUAGUGGUGCCAUUGAACAAGGUGGUGCGAUUGAUCUAUGGGAUAUCGUCGCCACUGUCAAGGCUACUGUCCAGAACACUGGGGAUCGAACAGGCGCAGAAGUUGCCCAGAUUUAUAUUGGUAUUCCGAAUGGGCCCGUGAAACAGCUUCGUGGAUUCGACAAAGUCAAGAUUCCGGCGGGUAAAUCUGUUCAAGUAUCCUUCCCUCUCACUCGUCGUGAUCUCAGCAGUUGGGAUGUGGUUGCCCAGAAAUGGCAGUUGCAGAGUGGAAGCUAUGAUGUCUUUGUUGGCUCCUCCAGUCGUAAUCUUCCUCUGAGAAGUACUCUUAACAUUGUGGCUGACGAUAAAUGA